AUGACCAGUCCAAGCUCAUUUCGAGCACUGUGUAGGCAGGAAUUACACACCGGCCCAACUUCCGGCAUACUUCCAGGCCAUGUGCAAGCGAACCUUUUGAUUCUGCCACAACAGGCUGCCGAGAGCUUUGAAAAGCUUUGCAGAAGAAAUCCAGUGGCUUGUCCAAUUAUUUCGAAAACUGUGGGGCAUCCCGGAAAACUAGAACACCAUUCUAGGCUUAUCAAUGAUGAGUCGUUUGACAUCCGUACUGAUUUCCCAAAAUAUAAUAUCUACAACCGCGGCAAGCUCAUCGAGCAAAAGAAUAACUGCGUCAACGAAUGGACCGCGGACCACGUUGGGUUUCUGAUUGGGUGUUCCUUUUCAUUCGAAGAUGCUUUGAUUCAGGCUGGCUUGGCCCCAAAGAAUGUCAUUCGUGGCACAAAUGUGUCAAUGUUUGUCACAACCAAGUACCUCGACUCAGCAGGAAUAUUUCACCAAUGUCCUUACGUUGUUAGUAUGAGACCUUACAAGGUGGCGGUCGUCGAGACCGUGCGAGAAAUAACGAGUCCCUUCGAAAAAAUGCACGGAGAGCCGCUCGAUUGGGGAUUUGACGCUGUGGGGCGACUCGGAAUCCGCGAUUUACGGAAACCAGAGUAUGGUGACCCCAUCGAUAUAGCCGAAGACGAGAUUCCAGUAUUUUGGGCGUGUGGUGUGACACCUCAAUUGGCAAUUUCUACCGUUGGACACCUUAUACCUGGAGUGGUUAUUGGACACACGCCUGGGCAUAUGCUGGUGCUUGAUGCGACCCAAGUUGUCUGA